UCUUCGAAGAAAUUACGUAACUUUAAACAUUUGCACAAACAGAUAGUAUGGCGGCUAAAAGGGUUCAUCACACCAUACAUUGGUUUCGUAAAGGUCUGCGUUUGCAUGACAACCCUGCGUUAAGGGAAGCUUAUGAYACUAGUCUUACUGUUAGACCAGUUUACAUACUUGAUCCGGAUUUAGUCAAAUGCGGGCAAAUUGGUGUUGUAAGAUGGCGGUUCAUUCUUCAGUCACUUGAAGAUUUAGACCAAAGUUUAAGGCAAAUUAACUCCAGGCUAUUAGUUAUACAAGGUAGACCAUCAGAGGUAUUUGCAGACCUUUUCAAAAAGUGGGAAAUCACAAAGCUGACCUUUGAAGUAGAUACUGACKYACYUGCUAAGGCAYGGGAUGAGGAGGUCAUCAAACUAGCCAGCCAAGCCAAUGUGGAGGUUGUUCAAAAAGUSUCACAUACACUAUUUGACCUGGAUGCGAUACUAGCCAAGAACCUAGGAACUGCUCCUCUGACAUAUAAAAGUUUUCAAGCUGUUGUGUCAACUCUUGGUGCACCAGAUGAACCUUUACCCGCAGUUGACAGAUACAUCACCCAUGGCUGCAAGCUACCCAUUGAUGACGAACAUGAUAGAUACAGUAUUCCUACUAUAGAUGAUCUGGGUUUAUCAAUCCCUGAAGAAUCUAGCGAAGUGUUGUACCCUGGAGGAGAGGUUGAAGCUUUGAGAAGAAUGAAUGAGUACAUGGCAAAGCAGGACUGGGUUUGCAAAUUUGAGAAGCCUAGUACAUCACCCAACUCAAUAGAGCCAAGUACUACAGUACUAAGUCCAUAUUUAGCAUUAGGAUGUUUAUCAGUAAGACUGUUUUAUAAGAAAAUUCAAGAGAUUUAUUCAAAGGCUAAAAAACAUUCACAGCCUCCAGUAUCACUACAUGGACAACUACUUUGGAGGGAAUUCUUUAGUACAUGUGCUCACAAUACUCCAAACUUUAACAAAAUGGAAGGAAACAGAGUUUGCCUGCAGAUACCAUGGGAUAAAAAUGAUGAUCAUCUUAAAGCAUGGUCAACGGGGUGCACUGGUUUCCCUUUUAUUGAUGCUAUCAUGAUCAAGCUGCGUAAAGAAGGCUGGAUCCAUCACUUGGCUCGUCAUGCAGUAGCUUGUUUUCUUACCAGGGGAGAUCUAUGGAUCAGCUGGGAGGAGGGACUGAAGGUUUUUGAAAAUCUGUUGAUUGAUCAUGACUGGAGCUUGAAUGCUGGUAAUUGGAUGUGGUUGUCUGCAAGUGCGUUUUUUCAUGCAUAUUUUCGUGUGUAUUCUCCUAUUGCCUUUGGUAAAAAGACAGACCCAAAUGGGGAUUUUAUAAGAAAAUAUCUGCCAGUUUUGAAACGUUUUCCUGCAAAGUAUAUCUAYGACCCAUGGAAUUCACCAUUGAGUGUACAGCAGGCAGCAGGRUGUGUAAUUGGUAAGGACUAUCCAAAGCCGAUUGUUGAUCAUARUAAAGCAGUUACAAAGAAUCUAGCAAGAAUGAAGCAAGCAAGGGAAGCGAAAUAUGGAAGCAAGCAAGCAGCCAAUGUAAAGAAAUCUCCGCCGAAAAGAAAACGCUCAUCUGAGAAAACGAACGGAAAAGUUAGAAAGAUAACAGACUUUACUAAAUCAUAAGACCAACUCUGUUUUGACGCUGAUAAAACAGUACAAUUAGCUACAAGUGAAGAAAGUUGUUUUCAGUAUUAGCUUUGUUGUUGCUGUUUUGUCGUCUGGUUCAUUGCUCAUCCCGAUCGCUAUCAGAUUAUUUUAAUAUUUAAAAUAUUUAUGCUGAGCUUAUUUAUUUUCCCGCAUCUUGUCACUAUAGGUUACUUGUAUUUAUAAUUUUGAAUGUAUAUAAGAUUUACAUUUAUAACAGUCAAGUAAGCAAUUAUUAUAAAAAGCCUAGGAGUAYUUGA